AGUAUAAUCACCCGGUAUCUAUUCUCCACUCCCGGACCGCCCCGUCGUCCCCGGGGUAAAACAUGUUUGCUCCCUAGAUCUAGUUAUGUGUAUCGUAGCGUAGAGAGACAAGGACGUGCGUGCUAUCACACAACCCAAGAUCAAAUACUUACCACAGAAAAGAUUAGGGGGUUCCGAAAGGGUCCUUGAUGUUAAUCAAGCUUAUCUAGAUUCAACUGGCUCCAAGAAUGUCGCACUUACCCCGGACCGGCCCGAACCUCAUAUUCUCGGUAUAAGUCAAAGGUGUAUAUAAAAGGGCCCGGAGUAACCAACUUGCCUCAGAACACACUUACACCUCAGCUUCGUACUUAUCGGCCUACCUACCUUUCCCUUAUUACUUACCUGUUUACCUUCAUAUUUACAUACUUACCCUACCUACCCCCCCUAUUCCAUCUCCCAAAAGUAUAAUCAUCAUCAUGGCAGACACCACCACCACCAAAUACACCAACCGCGACAUCCCCCGCAUCUCCCUCCGAGACUUCAACACCCGCAUCGACGACAUCACAGCAUCUCUAAUCUCCGCCGCCGAAAGCAACGGCUUCUUCACGCUGACCGACCACGGGAUCCCCGAGUCCGCCAUAGAAGCCCAAUUCGCCCUCGCAGAGUCCUUCUUCGCGCUCCCAAACGCCGCCAAGUCCGCCACGCCCUUCUCCCCGCUCACAAACACCGGCUGGGAGCGCGCCGCCCAAGUCCGGCCCAGCACCGGCCUUCCCGACCAGAAAGAGAGCUUCCAGAUGCAGCACGGCAUGGCGCCGGCCUCCUGGCCGUCCGACUCCGCGCUCCCGGGAUUCCGCGCCCGGAGCCUGGAGUUCAUGCGCAGCGCGCAGGAGGUAAGCGAGAGGUUGAUGGUGUGUUUUGCGCGGGGGCUCGGGUUCGCCGACGAGUACUUUGUGCGCGCGCACGACGUGAGACGGUCGGGCGCGCAGACGGUGUUGAGAUUGCUCAAGUACUUUGCGCUGGAUCCCGAGGCGCCGACGCCGGAAGGCUAUCACCGCGCGGGCGCGCAUGCGGAUUGGGAUUUUGUGACGUUGUUGUUCCAGCGGCCUGGGCAGGGAGGAUUGGAGAUAUGCCCGGGGCGCGAGGCGUUUACGGAGUUCGGCCUGGGGGACACGUGGACGCCGGUUGAGCCUGUAGCUGGCGAGAUCGUGUGUAAUAUCGGUGACCUCCUAAUGAGUUGGAGCGACGACCGCUUCAAAUCAACGUUCCACCGCGUCAAGACGCCGACAGAUCCGAAAGCCGAUUACUACGGCACACGGUACAGCAUGGCGUAUUUUAACCAGCCAAACAUAGACUGCGAGAUCCAAGGCCCGCUGAAGAAGUAUCCAAUAGUGACGGGAUCAGAAUUCACCAAGGCCGCUAUGAAGCGCAAUUACGAAACGUUACAGGCGACGAAGGCGGCAAUGGUAGAUAGUACUGCAUGAGGAGUUGGGUUUUUGUUCCAUUGUCAGUGAUCAAUAUAAAUAUCUGUUAGUGAGGG